UGCUCGCGUUGAGCGAAAAGAAGAAUGACAUUUUUGAUGGUGUGUACUUCAUGAGAACUCGUUCACGAUGUUGCGGAACAGAAGGUUCAUGCAAUUCCUCCAGGACAACAUGCACGCCGGCAGGGUCAGUAGCGUGACUGACGAGUAUAAAAUUCACAUAUCUCGCGCCAGCGCAAAGUCGGCGACGGGACGCCGCACUCCGAACUCGCGCGAUGUCCGUUGAACCUUUCGUAAUCUUUAUCUACGAUUCUGCGCUCUCAGCGCUUCUCAGCUUUCCUGCGCUCGCAGCGAUGUGAGCGCUCUCUCGACCAAUCAGAACGCCGUAUUCGCCGAAUGCCGCGCGCGGAACACCGGACCCCCGCGCAGGGCGCGCGCAGGGCGCGCGAUGUUCGUCCAGGAUCGAGAUGCGUUGGAGGUGGAGCUCAACGCCCUCUCUAACGACUACCACCCGAAGAACGCGCUCAAGCACGCGCCGCUGAGGCAAGACUUCCGGUCAUUCCGAUUGACGGUAAACAUACGACGCCCAGUCAAAAAUAUGUUAAGUCCAGGAGGACCCAGAGCGUAUGAAAAUCCAGGCAGCGCCCUUCUGAUAUCCGAAGUCGCCUGCAUAAUGAUCAGAAACAACGGCAUAGUCUCCGUAGAGAGCAACACGGUGACCAAAGUAACUCACCCUGGAGCUAUCUGUGGCACUAAGUUUUCGCUGUUGUGUCCAUGAUGUGCCAUACCUAACCCCGGCGGUGCGUGAACCUUGCCCAAAAAAAUAUGAACUGCGGUUUGCCGCCCGCGCCAUUUUUCUUCUCUGCACAAACAGAUUUCCACUUGUUAUUUAAUAUCAAAUCGUCACUUUUCCAAUACAUCCCGGUUGCGAGUAACACUUCUAAUAGGGAAAUACUCGCUUUCCUAGCUACUGAGGCACCCGGAGAGGCGCGGGGAGGUGGCGAGGACGUCGUCAAUGAAUUUUUUGAUUGCAAAGAAUGCCAGCUUGACGAACACAUGACGGUGGCGACGGACGACCUCCGCGCGUUCAUUGACCUGGAUGGAACGCCGUCAACGCCGUCGGAUGAUAUCGAUGACUCAGACUCGGACUGCAGUUGGGAGGUUCCCGAGUCGAUCGAUGUCGACGAGCAGAUGUGCGAGGGUUGUGGGGGCGGCGGUGAAACACGGCCGGGGAUGACCGAUGCGGAGACCCUGCUCUGCGACGGGGAUGGGUGCGAACGCACGUGGUACAUUGCGUGCCUGGGGCCGCCCCUGACCGCCCUAAACUUAAACCACGCGUGCCAUGAAUCGGGAUGCCUUCGGGCGCUUUUUUGCUUUUGCGGAGUCGCGGUUGGCUUGGGUGGUGUCUAGCCUGAUUUUGGAAAUUGGCUGUUUACGCCAUUUCCGCUCAAGGUCGUCAAGUGAAGCAAGCAAUGCAAGCAUGAGCAACCAACCUAGCGUACGUCACGUAGAGAACGUACGUACAUUAGUACUACGACUAGACGCGUCUUCGAAAUUUACCAACGCGUAAGAACCAGCUGUUUUUAGGUGUGCAUUUUGAUCCAGGUGUGUAGUCGCAACGGGCGCCCAAGAGUGCGACAGAUAUUACUCGACUGAUAGGCAAAAUCUUGUUCGAGUGUCAAUAACCUUUUGUAAAAACCCGCCCUCACCAGAUGUUCCUUGCGGUCUGAAAUUAAGCCUUUGGUACUGUGGGCUCAAUUCAUCAGCGUUUACAAGACUUUCAAGUGCCUUUAUCUCAUCGACUGUCGGCG